AUGGGAAACGCCAUGUCUGGCGGCUUCACCCAGGCAUCGCCUUCCGGCGAUUUGUCUCAAGCGCCAUCUCAGACGCAAACCUCCCCCUUGACAGAUGAGCAGCGCGUCUACAUGGAAGACUAUCCGUUCUUGCAUGCGAUCGGGUGCAUAUCCACCUCCCGCAUCAGCAGCAGCCUCCUUUGCGUAUCCGUCAGCGAUGGCCUAACUUUCUGCAAACUCUUCGUCAACAAAAACGCCGCAGGAACCAAGGGGCCCCCUCUAGACCUCCGAAACUUUCAAACCCAAAAACUCCUCCAUAAAGCUGUUCUUACCUUUGAUAUACACCCCAAUGUGUGUCCAGAUGAACGUCUCCUGCUAGCAGAACGAUCAGCGUUAUUGCUGCGACGCUAUUUGAGCGGAUCCGUAUGGGAAAGGCUGCAUGCGCGUCCUGCACCCACACCAACGCAGCUGCUGUACAUCUGUUUCCAGCUGCUUGCCGGCAUUGUACAGCUACACAGCCUGGGGUUCACGCACUGCGACAUUAAGACAGAGAACAUGGGACUAACCUCGUCCUUACACGCGUUCCUUACAGAUGCAGCACCAUGGAAGGACGUAGAUUUAAGGCUGCGAGACAUGCGGGCUUUCAGUCUGCUUUUUGAAUCUUCCAAAAGAUCCAGAUGCUACCUCGCCCCUGAGCGAUUCGGAGAGAAGGACGAGGCUCCCCGACCGCUAGCCGAAGCUCUCAUAGAGAAACACUCAGCAGAAAUGUUCUCAGUCAACUGCACCUUAGCCGAGAUCCUGCUGGAAGGCGCAGACGUCAUCGACCUCCUACACCUCCUUGAGCUCAGGGAUUGGCUUGCUGCUGCUGCUGCGGAGCAGCAGCAACAGGAGCAGCAGCAACAGGAGCAGCAACAACAGGAGCAGCAGCAACAGGAGCAACAACAACACAGCAGCAGCAGCAAUAGCAGCAGCAGCAGCAGCAAUAUAGCUCGCCGUGCCUUUAGUUUUGCAACCGGUAAUGCGGCAAUGAACGCUGCUGCACCGCAUGCAUCGCUGUUUGCUUCCCUUCCUGGUCUGUCCAGCUGCCCAACAUCCCCGUCACCCCCUGCAGCACUGCUGCAUCUGUUCGAAGGAAUUUCUUGUCGGCGCAUGCAGGCAUUGCUGUUGCACGGGGGAAUCCUGCAACUGCCGCACAUGCGACUGUCGGCGCAGGAUACGCUGCGGCUGUGGAUGCAGAACGUGUUUCCCCCCUGUUUUGCCAAUUAUUUCUUGUGCCUCUUUACCGUGCUGCUGCAUCCAGCCUACCAGCAGCCAGAUCUCCGCAUUCUGCUGCUGAAAGAACACCUGCCUGACCUCUGUCUCGCCCUCCUAGAACAGAGACCUCAGCAGCAGCAGCAGCAGCAGCAGCAGGAGCAGCAGCAUCUCCGAGCCUCCGCAGCACAGGCCAGAAACGACGCGAAUGAAGAGCUCUUGCUGCAGCUGCUGCGCGAAGCCGCAGGACGAGAAACUCUGGAAGUGGAUGGCUGCAUUGCGCAUCAGACCGUCCUCAAUAUGGCAAUCACGAUGCCACAGGACUGUCCUGUCGCUGGCGCGAUGCUGCAUGCAUGGAGUGCAGGAGGGGCUGCAGCUGCGGAUGCUGCAGCGGCAUCUGCUGCAGCUACGGUGAAUCUGCUGACUGCGCAGCGAGAUUCGCGAGUGUUGCCUGCAGCCUCUACAGCAGCCUCAGGAGGAGGCGGACUUGCCACAACGGAGGAGUCGCUUCUCGUGGCAGAGGCAGCUCAGGAGGCAGCCGCUGCAGCAGCUCUCACGAGCCGUCUGCCACACCCCGUUUUAAGCUCCUUGAAUGCGCGGCAGUAUGGCAGGGGACUCAUGAGUAUCUGGGAAAGCAGCUACAAUGCCACCGUCCUUGGCAAGCGGCCUGCAGUAGACGUCCUGGAGGAGCUCGAGGAGCGAAAGCUUCGGCUGUACGAUGAGCUCUUUAGGCAGCGGGGAGAGGACAGCGGCCCCUCUGCCGCUGCAGUCGCUGAGGCUGGCGGCACUGCAGUGGCGUCUGAAGGCGGGGUGUCUUCUUGGGGGGGAGACUGCAGCACGCCGCUUUCUCCAGUGUAUCCGCAGUGGCAGACUGUGUCUCCGAUCUUAGGCCCCCCGGAGGUACCCACCGAGCUGUUUGCCUCUGAGGCUGCGUCUGCAGCAGCCGUGUCUGUGAGCUUGGACUUGGCUAUCCCCGUGCAGUUGCUGCCUGCUGGAGCUGCCACUUCCGAGGAGAGAGCCGUGGAGGCUAGAGAAGGCGGUGAAACUCCCUGCGCGGGAUGCAUGCGCAGCGGCGCAACCAUCCUAGCGACAGAAAUUAUUGGUCUUGCGCUGCAACACACGAGCAGUCCGCGGAUUCGCGCGUGCGGCAUCUCUUUGCUGCGCUUUCUUUCUCGAAUCGCCACUACCGAGGUGCUCCUGGAGUCUUUGCUGCCCUUUCUUACCCACCAUCUAGGGGACCCUCUCCCCGUUGUUAGAGCCGCAGCUGUCAAGGCUCUCGCCGCCGCACUCCUGCAGCUGAAUGCUGCUUUGCACCACGAGGCAGCCUGUUCCAGACUUCGCUUGCAGAGACGUCUUUGCGCCUUUUGCGGCUCCGCAUGCGGCAGCCAAAAUCCUCUUCCUCGUGGGGAAGAGGACGCUGCUUGCUCGGGAUUCCUCAGAGCCGGCGUGCCGUCCAGAUGUAGCGGGAAGGGUGUUUUUUCAUCCCAGCAGCGGCAGCAGCGGCAGCAGCAGCAGCAGCGGCAGCGGCUCAUCAGCCGCAACGAGGGGGUGGAGAAGGGGGCACCGCAGGCAGACGCAGCUGCUCUCUUCUGUGGAUACAUCCUGCCUGCUUUGCACCGCCUCAGCACGGCCGAUCCCGAUCCCGCUGUCCGCGUGGCUGUGACUGAGACGCUUCCGCUGAUGCUCCUUGCAGUCCGUGCCUGUCUGCACUUUCAGGCUGUCUUGAGGAGUCGUCGAGAGCAGCAGGGACGGCAGCAGCUGCUGCAACGCCUGCAAGGGGGGUCAGCAGCUGCCCCCACUGAGCCACCAGCAGCUCCGCUGCCAGCGUCUUGCCGCAUAGCCACUGCCGCGAGAGAAGGAGAAAGAAGAGCUCCAAGUGCUGUACUGCCACGCAAGAGCUUCUCAGCGGGAAACGCUACCCGCCUCUGCGCACCAGCAUCACCAGGCAACGCUGCUGGCGCUGCUUCUCCUCCAGCAGACAGCGCAAAAACCUCUGAAAGCAACCAGAAAAGCUUUCGCCAGGUCGCCGUAGCCGCUGGAGAAGCUCCUGGGGGCUUCUCUACUGCGGCUGAGCUCCCAGAAAGGCGUAGAGAAAAAACAGGAGAAGCAGAAGCAGUAGCAGAAGCAGUAGCAGAAGCAGGGGCAGAAGCAGAACUAGCAGAAGCAGAACUAGCAACAGCAGAAAUAGCAGAAUCAGAGGCAGCAGCAGGGACGGCUGCAUCUCCGAUUUCGUGUGUCUCCCCAGGGUCCCCUGCAGGCGUCAGAGUUGCCUGUCGUAGGGAGGGCCUUUCGGAGGCUGCGGAGCAGCAUCUGAUGGAAGCUGUUGAGCAGUUGCAUGCGGCUGUUCUUCCAACGCUUCAGCAGCAGCUGACUUGUCGCCCCCUCGAGCAACGCCUGGCGCUGUUGCGGUCAGUUCCUCUGCUAGCUGCCGUGCUGGGACCUCAAAAGACUCACAGCUUUUUGCUGCCGUACCUCAUUGUGCAACUCAAUGACACCUGCGCAGCCGUGCGGGCAGCAGUCAUUCGGUCGCUGGGGAGUCUCGGGAGCUUUGCGCUUCCCGGGAGCGCAGAGAGCUGCAUCGUCCCUUGCUGUGAGCAGUGUCUCCUGGAUCAGCAGGAGGAGGUUAUAGUGGCAGCCGUCACUGCGCUUGCCCAGCUUGCAGCAGACGAUCUUCUGCGUCCUUCCUCCAGAGGCACUUACGCGCUGUUGGGCCGAAGAGUUGUGCCUCUGCUGCUUUUCCCGUCCCUCCUGCUGCGGGGAGUGUUGCUGCAUCUCCUUGCGGCCAUACAAAAGAGUUGGGGUCCUGUGCAGACGUACGCGCUUUUGAUGCCCCUCCUGCAUCCUGUCUUGAGACGGCACAGCGACGACGUGCUGCUGGUGGAACGGGUGUCUGCUUUCCUGCGACCUCCGCUGUCCAGACAGCUGCUGCUGGGCCUGCUGCAUCAGCAGAUGCGCGGCAGACUGAGCGAGCAGGCGCUAGCACUCCUCUUUUCGACGCCUGCGCUGAAGGCUGCGGAAACGGUCCAGCGACGGCUCAGACGCAGCUCUACGCAAAAGCUCCUGGAACCCUGCGAUGCUGAGUGCAGCAGCAGCGAUGGCAGCAACAGCAGCAGCAGCUGUGGGAGCAGCAGCAGCGACGGCAGCAGCGCAGCUGGUGCUUCUGUCGCGCCUGUCCACUACGGGGUGUCUCCUGUGCAGAGGCCAAGAGACAGGAGCAGUCUGCAGGAGGAACGGCAGGUGGCUAAGGGGGGAGUCCAUGCAAGCACGGGCAGCGAGGCUGGCUCCUUGCGUCCUCCUCCUGUGUUGGAGCUCGCGAGAUUUCUGUGGCAUAUUGGCAAAGCAAAUCGACACGCUCUGCUGCUGCUGCUCCCCACGCUGCUUGCAAGGCGGCAGGCAGCAGCAGCAAACGCAGCGGCCGCAGCGAGUGCAGACGAAGACGGCUCGUUGGUCACAGCCGUUCAUUAUCCAAUCGGCUCUGCCGUGGAAACUCUAGGAUUCUUGGAUGCGACACUGGACACAGCAGCGCAGCUGCAGGCUUCUGCUAACGGAGACACUGAAAAAGCUCUUCGGUACAUGUUGCCACAGGGGCCUCCCUGCCGUCAAGUUCUCAGUGCCAUGCGCUUGGCUCCCACUCCCCCCAACACGUCGCCGCUGACUCGCGUCUCUCUUUGGGGCCUGCUUUCAGAGACGCUUCUGCCGCAUGUCAUGCAGCUCGUGCUCAGGCACCAGCUGUUGCUUUUGCAGCGCUGUCUCUUUCCGGAGGAAGCCCGUGCGACUGUGGUCAGCACACACAGCACCCCGAACAACAUCAAAGAGGGCGGCGGCUGCAAGACGACUCAGUCACUGGAGCCGCCGCAACUGUCGCUCGCACACACUCUGCAUGGUAUGUGUCCAGCCGAGGUCUCUAGUGCUGCUGCAAAAUCAGCAACACGAGCGGCACUUGCUGCAGCCUCUGCAAUUGCCGGUGCCUUGGGAAGGUAUCUGUGGACAUACCCCCCACAGCCGUCGCUCCUGCAAGCCCUCCUAGGGCUGUCUACACACCACAACAAGCACAGCUCCUCGCUCUCAAUACAAGCAAGUUGUGGGCCCCCCGUAGUGUCGGGGGCCUAUCUGGCGUUGCUCCUGGCGGCUACGACUCCAGCCGCUGCAGUUGCUGCCCUGACGGCAGAGGUUCCUGGCUCUUCUGGUGCGCUUGCACCGCUGAAGCAGGUGCUGCUGAGAGCUCGACGAGGCCCUUCUCACGAGCUCCCCAGCAGCGCCUGGUGGUUAGAAGCAGCCGCAGCGACGGCAGCAGCUGCAGCAGCGGCAGCUGCGGCAAGUGGGAAGCGUCUUCCUCUGAGUGCCCCCCCUCUGUCUCCCUACAGAGGCAGCAUCACUUCUACAGGGGUUCCCCCGCCUCUGCAGCGAGACUGGAGGUGUGUCGUGUUGGGCUUGCCGAGGCGGCCUUCUCUCGAGGUGGGCAGACUGCAGCGGCUCGACGAGGGGCUUUUCAGUCUCUAUCCUUACCAGCAGCGUCUCACCGACUCCGUGGAUGCCUUUCCUUCCGCGGAGAGACGGCACUCCACCCUUGCACGGAGACUCUCGACAGGACCCUCUACUCCUCCCCCCCACCCUGCCGCUGUCGCCGCUGCUGCUCUUGGAGGCUCCCAAGCCACUCUCCUUGCUAACGGCAGCGGCAGCGCUGCUGCUGCAGGCGCUGCGUCAGUGAGACUCUCAGGGAAGCCUGCGUGGAGGACUGUCUCAACAGUAGUCGGGGGGCUUACCGCCGACAGCAGUGGGGUGCAACUGCUUCCCGUGGCUUUAGGAUCGACGGCAAGUUCUCGCAUGGGGAGAGCUCUCCCUGCAGGUCUGCAAGACUGGGCAGCAACGCAGCAAGCAAUCGGCACGAAUCUCGACAGAAAGGGGGCGUCAAUCUUCUCUGGAAAUGGAAUUGCGGGAUUGCCAGAUCUGUCCUGCUGGAAACCUAAGGGCCUGUGGCUUCGUAGCUUCAACGACUUCGAGGCUCUCUGCUGCCGAGGAGGCGGCGUUUUGAGUCUUGCAGCCACUGACGAUGGCCGUCUUCUUUGUGCUGCUCCCCUUGCUCUUCGAGGGGGCGAGAUACGCGUCUGGAAGGCCGUCUCGCUACUGGCUGCCACACGCCCACCCAUCGUUGGCUUCUGGCAGCUGCCCUCUCAGCUUCACCUGACGGCGCAGUGCCUCAUUCAGAACACUAAAACCCUGGCCGUAGGAACGUCGGACGGGGCUUGUCAUUUGGUGCGGCUUGACAGCGGCAACAGCAACUGCAGCAGCAACUGCAGCAGCACUGCUGCCUCCUCCUCCUCCAUCCCGGGGGCAGUGCUGCGCUUGCAGACUCCGCGGCUUUUUCCCGCGCCUCUAGAAGCGCAGCCUUGCGUGCUCCUGGAGAUCCUCCAGCGGUCUCAGCAAGGCGACAAGGGUGUGCAUGCUUUAAGGCCUAAAGAGAGCGCCGCUGCUGCACGAGCUGCAGUGUCUCUGUCCAGGCUCAUGCACAGAGCGGCGGCGGAGGGAGCCUCUGCGCAGCGUGCGAUUGCAGGGGUUGCAGCUGCACGCGCGUCGACAGCAGCAGCUGCCGCGGGAGGCAACGGUAUUGCGUGUUUGUGUCACCAAGAUACUGCACUGGAGCAGCUCCUCUUGUAUGCUCUGCGAAACGGCUUGUUCGGGGGCUGGGAUCUCCGCACCGCUUCGCCGUGCUUCGCUGCGCAUCUUCCUCCCUGGUUUGGAGCUCCUUCGGCGGAGGCUAUCGGUUUAGAUGCUCGCUGCGCAGUUGUGGGGACUACGGGGGGCUUGCUUUUGCACUACGACCUUCGCAUGCAGGUGCCAGUGAGUGCCUGGCUGCUGCAGCCAGCAGCACCCAUCAAGCACUUGCUUUUUGUGGACCCUUCUGUAGCCGCGAUCUCUGUUGGCAGCGCGAAGAUCGCUGCAGGCAUCGGUUCCCCCUGCUUGCAGCCAGACGACACGCCCACCUGCUGCCUGGUGGUCCUCUUGGAGCAGGGGGCCUUCCCCCUGCUCCUCCUCGAUCUGAUGGACGGCUCUGUCGUGAGGGGAUACAACACCUCCUGCUUUGCGGACGCUGCAAUAAAGGCAGCCGCGGCAGAGGCUGGAGCCCUUGGGGCAGCUCAAGGCUGUGCAGUGCCUCGGCUUGUUCCUGUGCCGAUGGAGGCUCUGCGCAUGCCAUCGGCAGCCAGUCAUUUGUUACCCCAGAAUGCAGGAUUAGCAGGAUCUCUGCGUCGUGUAGCUGAUCGAGCAGCCCUUCAUACGCCCUGCUGUCUGUGGUCUCCUUCCCCAUUACGGGGCCCCACUGGUUUCGUACUAACCGCGGGAGAGGACCGCUGUGUGCACUACUGGGAUUUGGCAGAAGAGCGCGCUGUCUUUGCUGCGAACCUGGGGGAGAGACAAGAGCAACAACAGCAGCGGCAACAACAGCAGCAGCAAGUUGGCGAGCCUACAGGGGUCGCUGCGGCACCGAUUUCCCCCCCGAAUACGGUCUUUCUAGACCACGACCUCGUCAGCUCUUAUUGCGUGUUAGGGCCCCCCAACGCAUGUGGCUGCAGGGCCAGAGAAGAUUCCGCUUUCUCUCUCAUGGCUUCUCUUACUGUCGAGGGGACGCACGUGCUGCAGCAAGUGUGCAGCCGUUCAGCCCAAGGUAAGCGAUUCAUGCAGUUUGUUGCUGCUGCUGCAGCAGGUCGGGGGCCUGGAAACCUGGGAGCACUUGCGGAAAAGGAUCCGCCUUGUACACGCGCUCGAUCGUCAGCAGACUCGGAAGCUGGAGGAUACAGCGGCUCCCCAUCCGGAGGGGCAGGGGACUCGAGGCGAAAUGGGAAGGGACUGGUCACGAUAGACGGCACAAGCUGCAGGGCUCCUGGGGGGGGGUGCUGCUGUGUAUCGCCCUCUUCACGAUCCACCAUCUCCUCUUGGGCCCCUGCGUGGAUUCCAGAGGAUGCUUCAGAUGCAUUCAUAGGGUUCAGGGGGCCCUCGCCGAUGCACAGGGAUGCCAUAACGGGCCUGGCUGUCAUAGGGCAGUCAGAUCUGUUUUUAGCUACAGCGGGGAGGGAUGGCAUUGUUAAAAUAUGGUCGUAA